AUGAUUGCCUACCUUCAUUCAAACAAGACCCAAGAAGCUGGCUCGAUCGUUCGUCGUGUGGACACAGCACAGCUUCUCCUUGCGAUUUCUCUGCAGCUUGCCAAGUUGCCAUCGUUGGAAGAGGCAGCACCCGACGACGCUUCUCCGUUUGCCCAUCCCCGCAAGAUUGCCUACCCUGAAGGCGUGAAGCCCAGGACCACCAUCACCAAGGCCGACAGCCUGAUUGCUGAGAACGUCACUGUUGAGGAGAAAACUUCUAUCAAAGAGUGCGUGGUUGGCGCUGGCUGUCAGAUUCAAGAAGGUGCCAAGCUGUCGCAAUGUCUGCUGAUGGAUGGCGUCGUCGUUGGCAAAGGAUGCAAGCUCACCAAGUGCAUCUUGGGUAAGCGAAGCGUGAUUGGUGAUGGUUCAGUCCUCACAGACUGUGAGGUUCAAGAGAACCUUCUCGUUGAGCCAAGAACCGAGGACAAGGACAAUAAGCUCAUGAGCUCGGAAGGUUUAGAGGCUACGGAGGCUGAGAUGGAGGAAGUAUUAGGGCACGCUGACGACGCCAUGGAUUCUGCAUAA